CUGGCGCCGCCUAGAGGCGAGAGAAGUCGCUGCCGCUCCCAGGAAAGCAAAACUCUGCGAAUCCGGCCCGGAAAAGCUAUUCGAAGUGCUCGUCCCGACACGCGUUGACUGGACCCCGUUGCAGGGGUAUUUCUGCGGGCGUCUGGGGCCGCGUCAUGCUGAACCAGGAAAGAAGAGUUGGAAAAUGUGAAGAACUGGUAUGGGACCAUCGCCAUCGGCUGGCCUCUUCCUGGUUCUGUGCGUGGCAUUCCUGGCUUGGGCCCAGAGUCCUGUGACGUCUCCUUGCCAGUUAGUCUCUAACACCGUCGCUCCUUGCCGAGGCCAAAAGCUGCUCCAAGUCCCUCAGGACCUUCCCAGCACCCUGGAGAAGCUGGACCUCUCCUACAACAAGAUCGAACAGAUCGGCUCGGCGGACUUCUCGUCCUUGACUCGGCUGAAAGAGUUAGAUCUCGGUUACAACCACAUCUUCUCGAUCGCCAGCGACUCCUUCGCGUCCAACCUCCUUUUGGAGAAGUUGAGUCUCUUCAACAACUCCUUGGGAGAAAUCCCGUCUGUGGCUUUGAGGCCUUUGAAGCAGCUGACUGCCUUGUCGAUCUCAAACAACCUCUAUCCUCGCUCGAGGCUGGACGAGGUGUUCAGCUCCCUGGAGAACCUCCAAGAGUUCUCCCUGGGCGGCCCUGUUGUUUACACGGUGGGCAGUGAAGACUUUGUUCCUCUGAAGGACAUUCCGUUGAAGAAGUUUUUCCUCAAAACUGCUUCCAGUUUGACGGAGUAUCAAGAAGGGGCCUUCUCUAAGCUCAACACCACCGAAUUGUGGUGCGACGUGGCGCUGGACAGAAACCCGGGGGCCCUGCCUCUUAUGCUCCGUGACUUGAAAGGGAAGCAGCUCCAUUAUCUCCGUUUCCGUAACCUCUUCGAGUUCACCUACUACACCGAUUCCGUAGACCUCUUCGCUGGCUUGGCUGAGGUCCAUGUGGAAGAGCUGGUCUUCUACAGGGGGAAAUUCAACGAGAACCUGCUGCGUUUGGUCCUCUUAAAUGUCCAGAAGUCUCACGUGCGAGACCUCUCCUUCAUUGCUAUCGAUUUCGCCCGGUCUCCCGAGUGGAAGCUUCCAGAAGCUGGCAUCGCCAACCUGACCCUCCGCCGUUUGUUGCUGAAGGACAUCAGUAACCCCGAUAUUUUGCGUUUUGACUGGACUUUUACCUGGUUUGCCGGGGUAACCUACCUUUCUAUCCUCAAUGUCAACUUUAACUUUGUGCCCUGUGACGCCUGGGGGGAAAUGAAGAACGUGGAGGUUCUAGAUGUUUCUAAUAACCGCUUGUUAGACGGAUACAUUUACAACGAAGGCUGUUUAUAUCAAGGAAUCAUGCCCAGCCUGGAGCACUUCAAUCUUAGCAACAACGAUUUAACCGACCUGAGCACAGUCUCCAAGCUGACAUUCAACUGGCCCCAACUAUCUAAGCUAGAUCUAAGCCACAAUCAAAUCAGGAACUGUAAGGAAUUGCCGUGUGGUUGGAGCCCCAGUCUUGUUUGGUUGGACUUGGCUUACAACGUAGUCACGAUGGGGAUCUUCCAGUGCCUUCCCACCCGGUUGCAGUUCCUGGAUUUGUCCUACUCUCAGUUGGAACGCCUUGAGAUGGCGUACUUUGAGGUCACCGUGGACCUCCAAGAGCUGCGCCUGAGUGGGAACAAGAUCAAGUUUAUCCCGACCGAAUGGAGAUGCCCGAAUCUCCGGGUUUUGGCCAUCGACGGCAACUCCUUCGGUGUCAUCGGCAAAGGCUCCUUUGUGAAUAUGCCACAGCUCACGCAGCUGAAAGCGGGGAACAACCCUUACCAUUGUGUCUGCGACCUCUAUGGCUUCCUUCAAGAGACCCUGAAGAAUGGCAAGUUGCAGAUUGUGGACUGGCCCAGCGGGUGGACCUGUUAUCAUCCCGAGCCCCUGCUCGACACGGCGGUGAUUGCUUACACCCCGAGGCUGACCCAGUGUAGUGUCAUGGUGGUGGUAGCCAUUGCUGUCUCCAUCACAGCCGCUGUGGUGAUCGCCGUCAUGGUUUUGUGUUGGCGGUUCAACGUACCCUGGUAUCUCAAGGCCACCCUCCAAGUCGUGCGCUCCAAAUAUCGGUCCGGCCGCUCCCAACCGUUGCGCGACUUCGCCUACCAUGCUUUCAUCUCUUACAGCUGCUCCGACGCAGACUGGGUCAGGCGGGAACUGCUCCAGAGGCUGGAGGCCUCGACCCCGCCGUACCGCAUCUGCAUUCACGAGCGGGAUUUCACGCCCGGCCGCUGGAUCAUCGACAAUAUCAUUGAGAACAUUGAAAAUAGCCACAAAAUCAUUUUUGUGCUUUCGCGCAGCUUUGUUGACAGCGACUGGUGCAAUUAUGAGCUCUACUUCGCUCACCAGCGGGCGGUGGGGAUGAACUUCGAGGACGUGGUUUUGGUGGUGAAGGAAGCCAUCGACCCGCAAGCGCUGCCCAACAAGUUUUGCCGACUGAGGAAGAUGCUGAGCAAAAGGACUUACUUAGAGUGGCCUUCAGAGCCCGGGCGCCAGGCCUUCUUCUGGGUGCAGCUGACGUCCGCCCUGGGGAAGGCUGAGGUAAUCAAGAAGGACCCAAAGGAGGAUCCAGGCGACGUUGCUUGCAGGAAAAGCAACAUGGCUGACAACUGCCUCGAAAUGGAUACUGUGGCUGAUGCAGAUGGUGUUCCAGCAUGUUAAAUAGGACUGAGUUUAAGCCAAGAGAGACCUCAGAGUUUAAUUAGUGAUUUGUUUGAUCAUGGUUUAUUCAGGAAGCUGCAAUGGCUGGAUUCACAGAUGAUGCUCAAGCUGUAAACCAUGGUUUGUGAAUUGCUAUGACUGAGUUCUCACAGCGUGCCAAAAAUGCCUACAGGAUGGGCUUCUCUUUCUGUUUGAAUCUUGGCUAAGACUUGUUUAGUUUAGGGUUCAAUAUGUUGUCCACAAUACUCAAACUGAUUUAAUUUAGACCCAAGUUAAGCGUGUUGUGUAGAACCUUCCUGUCAGUAUCAUUCUACAAAGGGGGAAUUCUAGUCAUCUUACUGUUUCUUGGGUUUCCGUUCCCAUGUCCUCAGGGUUAACCAAAUUACAGAAGAAAGGGGCCUUGGAGGUCAUCUAGUCCAAAUUAGGGGACUGGAGGCUAAAACAUACGAUGGACGGUUGCA